UUUAGUUAUUUUUAGAUAGAAUAUAAAUCCUAUGUCUAUUAAUUUAAUAAAUUUAAAUUCGUUUAAAAUUUUAAUAUUAUGUCGUUUCCAAUAUUAAUAUCGCUUCUUCCUUUCUGCUACACAAAACAUAAAAGAUGAUUUUAUUUAUCACAACCACCCUAUUGAUGUUUAAAAGGUAUCAUUUUAGUAUCAUAACAAACUCUAUUUUGUUGUCUAUCAUCUUUUAUAACGUUCGUUUCACCAAUGGAGUCAAUAACUACACAUCUCUAGGCAAAUAUGCCUACCUUCCACGAUCUUCCAUGCAACCAGAGAAGAAAUACAGUGAAGAGAACACGAGCUAUAAAGUUAGAAAUAUAAAGAGGAAUAUCUACGACGUUAAGGCUCCAUUUGAUAAGGAGCACGCUAUAGAGUACUUUUCAAGCUGCUUAAAGGCAACGUGUAAGACUUUUGAGCCCAGAGAAAUUCCAGAAGGGGAAAUCUUAACACUAACUAAGCAGGUCGCAACACUAGGACCUGCCACCAACAAUGCAGAAUCAAUAAAAUCAUUAUUCGAUGCAGGCGUGGAUGUGUUCAGGCUAAAUUUUUCUCAUGACUCAAGGUUAUCUAAACACCUGGUUUCCAAAACUAUUAGGCAGUUGGAGAUAAAUGAACCUCCUAAAAACUAUCCAUUCAACGGGGACCAUGUUGUAGAGCAUAAAUCUAUACUUGGAGACAUACAAGGCCCAAAGCUAAGAAUUGGGAAAUUCAUGCCCAACUUAGACGUCCCUGGCGUUCUUCCAGGAAGCAAAGGCUGCGAAUUUGUUGAGCUCAAGGCUGGAGAUUUGUUCACUUUCGACGCUUACGAUGUGCUGGGAAGUAAAAGCAGAGUCCAGUUGGAUUUCCCAGAAAUUCUUAAGGAACUAAAAGUGGGCGACAAGAUUUUGUUGGAUGACGGGAAUUUGUCAAUGACGGUAGUUAAAACAAAUCCAGAAGAACCAUCUGUUACUGCUGAGGUUAAAAAUGACUACAAGCUUUCUAGCAGAAAGGGAUUUUCAGUACCAAAAGUCGUUUUGCCAAUAGAGUUUUUGGAUGAAAAGGAUGUUAAGGAUGCAAUAUUCUGCCUAGGAAUUGGGGUUGACUUCCUUGGAGUGAGUUUUGUCCAGAAUAAGUCUGACAUUCUGUACUUGAUAAACAUUUUAAAUGAUUUCUACACCUCUGACUAUUACAAACAGCUCAAGGAAAGACUCAACAACCUUGACGUAGAGGUUUUCGACGCUAAUCGCGAGGAUACAAUAGUGGAGAAUAUACUAAAUAGGUACUACAAUGACUCGUACCUUCCUAAGAAGGAUAUUUUCAAAAGCGUGGUCCCGAAAGAGAAUCUUUCAGGGGUGGGAAUAAUUCCGAAAAUUGAAAAACAGGCUGCUCUUGACGACAUUCAUGAAAUCCUCAAGGUUUCAGAUGGUCUCAUGGUAGCUAGAGGGGAUUUGGGAAUAGAGACAGAUCUUGCCAAUUUGCCAAUAGUGCAAAAGAGGCUGAUUCAGCUGUGUAGAGUAGUAUAUCGAAAGCCAUGCAUAGUUGCAACUCAAAUGCUGGAGACCAUGAGGUCGUCCCCAACUCCAACCAGGGCUGAGGUAUCCGAUGUAUCAAAUGCAGUUUUUGAUGGAGCUGAUGCAGUUAUGUUAUCUGCGGAAUCCGCAACUGGUCAUUACCCGAAAGCAAGUGUGAAUGUCCAGAGGAGGGUUCUAUUCACCACAGAAAUGGAUCCAUACUUCCCAACUAUGCAGAUAAUUAAAGAAAUGCUAAUAGAUGAGAACCUGAUAUCGUCAAUCAAGUCUCAAAGGCCUCACUUGUAUAAAAAGAUGGAUAACUUACUAAAUAUUGAUAUACACCACUAUAAUGAGUAUUUGAAAUCGAAGUCGCACUUGAAGAAGUGCCUGGAUGAUGUAGCCGAGAUUUUCGCCUACAACGACGUGGACGUUAUUGGGAUCCACUCUGAUGACGGGCUUGAGUUUCUCCAGUGGAUUUCUAGUCAGAGGUACAUGAUACCCAUUGUUCUGGUGACUAGCAAUCCCACCCUUUCAAGGCACUCUCAGCUUACCUGGGGAGUCAAGUCGCACUUUAUGCCCAAGGGUGCGGACCCUAUGGAGUUUUUCAAGUAUGUCGUAAAGGAGUAUCCCAUGCCCGUUAAGGACGCUGUAUAUUUAGAAAUUAAGGAUAACAAAAUUCAAUCCCGCCAAGUUUUAAAACUAGAAUAACUUGUAAAUGUUUUUUGUACAUUA